UAAACGAAGCGAACAGAAUGCCAGCCGAUUAAAAUGGAAAUGAAGGAAUAUUUUUCGUAUUAAGUAUUUCGAAACUUAGCGAUUUUUUGAGUCGUUACAAGGAAGAUAGAAAACGUCGGAAGAUUAGCGGACAAAGCCUUAUAAAUCAGAUGAACAAAGAUUUGGGUUUGAACUUAAAUUAUCAAGGCAUUUCAAUGGAUAGCGCCUUCAAUUUUCCUGUUUUUUCUCCACCUUCGGCGCAUCCGACUAUCAAGGAUGAACCAGCCGCUUUAGAAAUGCCUACAAGUACAGCGGCAAUUGGCCAACAGUUUGAUACAUACCGCAACGCGUAUCAAUUAUCGCCGUUAUCGCAGAUGUCGCCAUUAUCACCACAAAAUCGCAAUGCUACGCCAUCACCGAUCUCACCGGCCACCAACGGCGCAAAUACAGAGCAAUUGUGCUCUUUGCUGCAGGGCAGCACUCUUCAGACUGCCACAAAUUGCCAAAUGCAUGAAGUUGUAUUUAAUCAACAAGAAAAUCUAGGAUUUGGCUAUGAGGCUUCCAGUGUCAAUUUCAGUGCCUAUAACAACAAUAGUAGCACAAGCUACACAACUACAAAUAGUUACCUUGGUACUAUAAGGAAUACCACCAGUGGAGGGUGCUUUGAGCGCAUUAAUAAUGUCAGCGCAUGCGCUCCAGCGGCUUACAAUGCGCCGAUCGUCCAAGUGCCACAGGUACAACAUCCGAAUCCGAUUUCUGAGAAGGAACGGAUCGAAAGAAUCAAAAUGGAUCUCAUGCAAACACCAAUGACGUUAAUGCAAACGCCUCCACAGGCAACAACAGUUUCGCCUCCUCCUCUACAGAAUGGUUGGCUUGAAAAUGCCAAUAUUGGGUUCUUUCAAUAAACUCGAGAGAUACUAUGGUGGUAAUUUCUAUAUAAAGAACAUCGACACAUUUUUUUGUUAGUUUUUAAACUUAUCGAACAAAUAUUUAAACAUUUUUUGUACCUAAACUUAUACAAUUUAGAUAGUUAUUUUUCUGUAUAAGCGUAAAUAUUUGUAUUGAUGUUCUUAGAAAAUAAGAUUUUCAAAUUAAUAAGUAAGUAAUGCAUAUUUUUGCCAAUAUGUAUCGUUAAAAUUUAUAUGGCACAUACUCUUAUGUAUAAGCAACAUAUGUACAUACACGUGUAUAAAUAUAUGUAUAUAGAUUUGUUUACAUUGUGAUAAAUAUGUACAAACAUCA